UGUUGGCGUUAUAGCAGGCCGUAUAGUCAAAACUGAAAACCUUAGUUUCUUUCAAACCAAGGCAGAAAAUUCAUAGUCAAAUGUGCUGAAUAGUGGAACCUAAGUUAUCUAAAUAAUAAACAAAAUGUCGGGUCAUCAAACUAUUGCUAUAACUGUUACUGGUUUAGCUGAAUUGGCGCAUUCCGAAUAUCAGGCUGGUGAUUAUGAGAAUGCCGAGAAACAUUCUAUGCAGCUAUGGCGGCAGGAUCCAACAAAUACAGGAAUACUUCUUCUCCUCUCAUCUAUACACUUCCAAUGCAGGAGAUAUGAUAAAUCAGCACAUUUCUCCACCCUGGCAAUUAAGCAGAAUCCUCUACUGGCCGAGGCAUAUUCAAACCUGGGAAAUGUUUUCAAAGAGAAGAAUCAACUUCAGGAUGCCCUAGAUAAUUACAGACAUGCAGUUCGUCUGAAGCCUGAUUUUAUCGACGGUUACAUUAACCUGGCUGCAGCUCUAGUAGCUGCUGGAGAUAUGGAGGGUGCGGUACAAGCUUACGUUUCAUCGCUUCAAUACAAUCCGGAUCUGUACUGUGUAAGAUCUGAUUUGGGUAAUCUUCUGAAAGCUCUGGGUCGACUUGACGAAGCAAAGGCAUGUUACUUGAAAGCAAUAGAAACUCGACCUGACUUUGCUGUGGCUUGGUCUAAUCUUGGAUGCGUCUUCAACGCUCAAGGAGAAAUUUGGUUGGCGAUCCAUCACUUUGAGAAGGCCGUUGCUCUUGAUCCAAAUUUCUUGGAUGCUUACAUCAACCUUGGAAACGUUCUUAAAGAAGCAAGAAUUUUCGACAGGGCGGUAGCGGCAUAUUUAAGAGCAUUGAAUCUCAGUCCUAAUCAUGCUGUUGUUCAUGGAAACCUAGCAUGUGUAUACUACGAACAAGGCCUUAUUGAUCUAGCGGUAGACACUUAUAGACGAGCUAUUGAACUUCAACCAAACUUCCCCGAUGCCUACUGUAACCUUGCUAACGCACUGAAGGAGAAAGGCUUGGUGGUCGAAUCUGAAGAAUGUUACAACACGGCUCUUCAGCUUUCUCCAACCCAUGCCGAUUCUUUAAACAAUCUAGCAAAUAUCAAACGAGAACAAGGAUAUAUAGAAGAGGCCACAAGACUGUAUUUGAAGGCCCUUGAAGUCUUCCCCGAGUUUGCAGCUGCACAUUCUAACCUUGCCUCCAUCCUGCAGCAGCAAGGAAAGCUAAAUGAAGCUCUUCUUCAUUAUAAAGAAGCAAUCAGGAUUCAACCUGCCUUUGCUGACGCUUACAGUAACAUGGGUAAUACAUUGAAGGAGAUGCAUGAUGUGCAAGGAGCUCUGCAAUGCUACUCCAGAGCUAUUCAGAUAAACCCAGCCUUCGCUGACGCACAUUCCAAUUUGGCGUCAGUCCACAAGGACAGUGGAAACAUACCUGAAGCUAUCCAAAGUUAUAGAACCGCCUUGAAACUUAAACCCGACUUUCCAGACGCGUACUGCAACCUAGCCCAUUGCCUGCAGAUAGUAUGUGACUGGACAGAUUAUAAUUCUAGGAUGAAGAAAAUCGUCGCAAUCGUCGGUGACCAGUUGGAGAAGAAUCGUUUACCUAGCGUACAUCCUCAUCAUUCGAUGCUGUAUCCCCUGACCCAUGAAUAUAGGAAAGGUAUUGCUGCUAGACAUGCCCAGCUCUGCUUGGAGAAGAUUCAGGUUCUUCACAAGCCUCUGUACAAGUUCAGUCCUAAUCUCUCCCCAGACGGUCGUCUCAGGAUUGGUUAUGUAUCCUCGGAUUUCGGAAACCAUCCAACGUCGCAUCUAAUGCAGAGUGUUCCAGGAUUUCAUGACAGAUCCCGUGUCGAGAUUUUCUGUUAUUCUCUCUCACCGGACGAUGGAACCGCUUUCCGCCAAAAGGUUUUCGCUGAGGCUGAGCAUUUCAUUGAUCUCUCCGCCGUACCAUGUAACGGUAAGGCAGCUGACCGAAUAUAUCAGGAUGGAAUCCAUAUUCUUGUAAAUAUGAACGGAUACACCAAGGGAGCUAGGAAUGAGAUAUUUGCGCUGCGACCAGCUCCUAUUCAGGCUAUGUGGUUGGGAUACCCUGGAACUAGUGGGGCCAGCUUCAUGGAUUAUAUUAUAACUGAUAAACAAACCUCUCCCCUACAGAUAGCUUCACAGUACAGGUACAGUUUUUUUUUCUAACGGGGGGUUGGGGACCCCCACUUGCAGGAGCGUAUUAUCAUGGCUGACCCCGAGAACAUGAACGGACAUGUGCAGGACAACGUCGCUGUUAUCAACGCGGUCAACCCUGAGCAGAUAAAAAGCGUUGCUAGCCUGGUCCAGGUUACUAUGGAAGGAAAGGUACAUAAUCAGAUUGUGAAGUCUAGUGUGACGAUAGCUGAGCUGGCAACCACGCAGCCCAUCAAUUCAAUGAUCAUGAACGGUCAACUUCAAACCAGUGUCAACGGGAUUAAUAUACAGAACGGACUAGCUACACAGAUUAACGCUAAGGCUGCGACUGGUGAAGAGAUUCCUGACCAGAUCAUGGUGACCACCAGACAGCAGUACGGACUACCCGACAAUGGCGUUAUCUACUGUAACUUCAACCAGCUGUACAAGAUUGAUCCAGGAACUCUCAAGAUGUGGGUUAAUAUUCUCAACAGGGUUCCAAACAGUGUUCUCUGGCUCCUAAGGUUCCCUCAGGUUGGAGAAACUAAUAUCCAUGUGGCUGCUCAGCAGAUGGGAUUAAAAAAUGGAAAGAUUAUCUUCUCCAAUGUAGCCGCUAAAGAAGAACAUGUGCGUCGUGGACAACUUGCUGAUGUUUGUCUAGAUACUCCUCUAUGUAAUGGUCAUACCACAGGUAUGGAUGUCCUAUGGGCUGGUACUCCUAUGGUGACACUUCCAGCAGAGACCCUGGCUAGUCGUGUAGCUAGCAGUCAACUUGUAACUCUGGGGCUACCUGAGCUAGUAGCCGAGUCUAGAGAGGAUUACGAGAAUAUCGCUGUCAGAAUAGGAGUAGACAAGGAAUACCGACGAAUGAUCCGUGCCAAGGUGUGGGCUGGUCGACUGGAGUCUCCGCUUUUUAAUGUGAAAAUAUAUACAAAGGAUCUCGAGGAUUUGUUCUACAAGAUGUGGGAGAAGUUCAGAAGAGGAGAGAAAUUGACGCAUAUUACCCAGUAAAUGACGCAAAAACUUAAAGCUGACGAUCAUACAGGACGUGCUAUUUGGCGUCAUGUCGGAUCGGGAUAAAAAUCCUGAUCAUAAAACACUUCUUUGUGCAAAAAUUAUGAUAAAAGAACACUAGAAAAUGAAAAUUGGGAUUAUUGCACGAAUUCGGUUAAGCACAGCUGAGUUCGCAUUUUAAAUAUGCGGCUCUUGAUCGUAAAUAGAGUAUUUCGGCGAAUCAAAAUUAUGCAUGUAAAUCUUAAUUCCCCUGUUAACAUUAAUUUUAGCAUACUUUUACUCUAGUGUAACUGUAUGCCAUGUAUGUGCGCAUGUUAGUGUGCGCACUUUCUGAACUGCUUUCUGCGCCUCGUGAACAAGAUUCAAGUGAGAAUUCCAUUCAGUUAGUGUUGUAAAUAUCUAUAUAUAUAAACUACAUAAAUAAAUAUUAUUAUCGUAAAUA